AUCGCUUUCUGGUUUACAUUGCUCUUUGGUGCUCCAUUUCAGCAGUGGCGGCGUCAAUGUGGAAUUUACCGGCAAAAUCAACGGCAGUUGUUACCGGAGGUACCAAAGGAAUUGGUCUGGCGGUCGUCGAGGAGCUAGCUGGUCAACUUGGUUGCCAAGUUUUGACCUGUGCCAGGAACGAAAAAGACCUGGAUAUUUGUUUAAAGAAAUGGAAGGAAUGCGGUUUCGACUGUACCGGCGUUGUCGCCGAUGUAGCGACCGUCGAAGGCAGACAUGAGCUAUUGGAAUCGAUCCGAAUUUGGCUGCAGGGUCGGCCAUUGGAUAUUCUGGUCAAUAAUGUUGGCACCAAUAUACGCAAAGCUUCGAUCGAAUACACAAUGGAGGAUCUACAACUUGUCUGGCGCACCAAUUUUGAAUCUAUGUUCGCCUUAACAACGGCUUGCCACCCUUUACUGAAACGUAGUGCAGGGACGCGCACUAGCAGUGUGGUGAAUAUUGGUAGCGUCGCCGGAGUUACCUGCAUGAAAUCGGGUACACCCUACGCAAGUACAAAGGCUGCCAUGAAUCAAAUUACAGGAAACUGGGCCUGCGAAUGGGGCUUGGAUGGGAUUCGCGUGAAUUGCGUUACACCAUGGUACAUUCGAACUGAACUGGCGGAGCAGGUUUUGAAGAAUCAUGACUAUCGUCGAACAGUGAUUGAGCGGACACCAAUGAGCCGAAUUGGCGAACCUGUUGAAGUGGCGGCUCUGGUAGCCUUUUUGUGUCUUCCAGCGGCUGGAUACAUUACUGGUCAAGUUAUAUCCGUCGACGGUGGAUUCACAAGAAACGGUUUCUAUGACAGCUUCUACCGUGAUGAAAUGUAA